CUCGCCAUGGACAAACCACAAGCACCACAGUCACUUCACUGCUCAAGUAGCUGGCAAGAGCUUUGAACGCGUUGCAACCUUGCAUCCCGGUCGAUCGAUCGAUGGCGUCCAAGGUCGAGCUGGUGGUGGAGGUGAAGUCGCCGGCGGAGAAGCUGUGGACGGCGAUGCGCGAGUCGACGGAGCUGUUCCCCAAGAUCUUCCCCGAGCAGUACAAGAGCAUCGAGACCGUGGAGGGCGACGGCAAGUCCGCCGGCACCGUCCGCCUCAUCAAGUACACCGAGGGGGUUCCGAUGGUGACGUUCGCCAAGGAGAAGGUGGAGGUGGCGGACGACGAGAAGAAGGUGGUGUCGUACAGCGUGGUGGACGGCGAGCUGGUGAGCUUCUACAAGAACUUCAGGGUGACGGUGCAGGUGACCGACAAGGGCGCCGACGGCGCCGGCGCGGUGGUGAACUGGACCAUGGACUUCGACAAGGCCAGCGACGAGGUGCCCGAGCCGGACGUCAUCAAGGAGACCGCCGCCAAGACCUUCCACGACCUCGACGACUACCUCCUCAAGAACUAGCAGCUCUUAGCUGCCUCGUCGCUGGCCGCCGCGGACGAUCCUCCGUCCGUCCGUCCGUCCAUCCAUCCAUCCAUGAAUACUGUCGUUGUUGCCUGUUGUCUGCGGUGUCCCCGCACCAAGCUUACUCUCACGUAAACGACCGUGUGUACGGCCGUGUACGUGUGCAUCUGCCUGCGAUGGGACGGCCGCGUGAGUAGUGGAAUAAUAAAUAUAACAAUAAUAAAGUCGCAGCUUUAUGAUCA